UGUCCAGAGAGGGGGUUAUGAGAGAGAGAGGGAGAGAGCGGACAGGGUAAGUUUGGAGAGAAGGCAAAGAGCUAGGAUCUCUUAGCUCCUUGACUCCAGACACUCAUCUUUAGAAGAUCUCGGAAGCAAAAAGAAGCAAGCCUGGCUUAAGAGCCACCAUUACUAAAUGCAUCUGAAUUCCUGCCCUCCUUCGCCUCGUCCUUUGGUUUCUCUCUCUCUCUCUCUCUCUCUCUCCCUGGCACAGGCCACUCCACUGGCAGGUCAGCACAGAGCCUUCUUCUAGGUUGAACAAAAAACCCCAUCAGAGCCCAUCCUUCAUACCUGCUGUACAAGAGAAAACCUUGCAGGACCUCUAUUUUCCCAUAGAGAUUUAUCUUCUGCCUCCAACUGUCCAUCAUGACCUUGCUGGCCUCUGAGAGGUCGCUACUUAUCCGGAGCAAAUUCCGCACAGUCCUGCAGUUACGAAUACAGAAUCGCAGACAACAGAAGGAGCUAAAUGCUGACUCUGAAGGUGUGAAGGCCUCCUGCUCUGACAAAGUAGGGGAGAAAGAGGUCAAUAGCACUGGGCAUCAGACAGUGGAUGGCACCACUCUGAAGUCGCCCCCUAGUGCUCUGACUGCUGAAACUGCACAAGAUAAGACUAGCGGUGGUGCUCAGAGACAGAAGAAGGCCCGUCUGCUUGAAAAUGUCAGUGAGAAGAUCCAGAGGCAAUCUGGGUCCAUUGAACUACUUCAGAAACACAUCGCGCCACUAGAAAACACUUCUGUUUCCUUUUCCUUACCCUCAGAUGUCUUCGAAGAUGACAUCUCCUCAUGUUCCUCUGCGUCUCCUGAGCAACUCGGGACACACCAAUCUCCCAGCUUUUCCUCGUCACCUGGGCUGAGCAGUGACCAGUCACUGAGUGAUGUGUCACCAAUUGCCAUGCCCAUCAACCACAGCCCAAGCAAUGUUCAGCAAUGUGGUUCGGCUUUGCUCCCAGCAACUGAGGGCAUCACAGAGUCAGUGACCAUGACGGUGGCAGGGUCAAACUCUAUGGCAAUGACUGGGAGACCCAAAGGAGUGUAUGCGCCCUCUCAGAUGUCACUGCUGCCAAAGACAGCUCAAAGUAUAACUCCACCUACUCAUUCCAUUCUGGGAGGGUCUUUAUCCUCACCACGUCCUCCACGGCCACGGAAACCACGUGACUGCAAGCCUAAAAUGAGGAAGCUGAAGUACCACCAGUACAUACCCCCAGACCAAAGGGGAAACACGGGUGGCACUUCUGGGAACAAUUCCCAAAAGAACAGCAACACUCAAGCUCUGCCUAUCGAUCCUGCAUACUCUCACCUCCUACACCGGCAGCAGGUUGUCCUGCAACUGCAGAUUCUAAAUCAGCAACAGCAGCUCACUGUGGCAACCAGUGAAAAUCAGGUAGUGACAAUUUCUGGAGCUGGACCACAAAAUUGCCUUCAGCCUGCUCCCCCUCAAACAAAUGCCACCAUCCAGGAAACAAGCUCCACCCACAAGCUAGAAUUACUUCCCGCAAACCUUGACGACUUAACGGUGUCAGAACUCCGACAACAGUUACGCAAACGCGGACUCCCGGUCUCUGGCACCAAGCCUGCUCUGUUAGAGAGGCUCCGUCCCUUCCAGUUGCCCCGUCCCCAGCUAACACCUGCCCCACUUUGCAAGUUGGAAGGGACUCUUGAACCUUCUCCACGCCCUAAUCUAAGCCCAUCUAGAAGUCCUUCACAGAUUUAUAUCCAGCCAUCACCAGUGAUGGAGGAAAGCUUGGCUGGUGCCACUUACUUGACAUCCCCCUCUUCUUCUGCGGGUUCGAGUCCAAAACUGCAGGCCCCCUCACCUCCGAUGCCCUCCAGUGCAUUUUGGAGGUCAGAGCAGGCAGCAGAGGAGCUGACUGUGGAGCUGGAGAUGAGGGAGAGGAUUCGGAGUAGACCCAGAGGAAAAGCUCUGGGUGCAGUCACACAGACAAGUGGAAGUACCCUCCAUCCUUUCCUGCAACAGGACCCAGGAUGCGCCAGAGGGAAACCAGACACAGAAGGACAAGACGUGCUGUUUACACAGCAGGUGUUUUCCUGUCAGCCAUGUGAUACUAUCUCUCAGGAUUUUGAGCUACCGAUGCAAAUCACAGCCAGCCCAGAGCAAGCUCCACCCCCCACUGAACGCAGUCUGGAGGAACUACUGCAGGAGGCCAUUCAAAGAGUACAGAUGGACCCACAUGAGUCUAUAGAUGACAUCUUGGAGGAUCCUGUUAGCGCUUCUGGUAACACCAUCAAUUCUGGACUCAAGUCGUCCAUCACCACCCUCUCCGGUUCCUCACCUGGAUCACCACCUGACCAAUUGCAGCCUACCCUGCCCAACUCGAAAGACGAAUGUGGCCGCUCAUCUCCACUUUGCUCUUCAAUUCUAUUGGAGCUUCCGCCCUCCCCUGCUCAUGCCCUGCCCCUUGCAUCUAACCCUGCACCUCCUCCUCCUCCUCCACCAAUCUGCACAACUCCUCCUCUAAGUGCUUCCUCCAGAAAGAGGAGAUCUGACGUGCCUGCGUUUGACGCUGUUGAUUGGCUGGAAUCCCUGACCUCUGGCCUGCACCCUCUUACACCUCCUGUGGCACCUUUUGUGGAAAGCGACUUUGCCCUUGAUUCAGAUCUGAACAUAAGCAGGGUCCUAGACCUAAUGGUGGAGCAGUGGUGAGGGACAUGAAGGUGUGUGUGUGUGGAUGUGCGUGUGUGUGUGUGUGUGUGUAUGAAUGCGCGCGUGCAUGUGUGUGUAAUUGGAUGCUUGACGGGUAAUUACCCACUGUUCAAAUCUUGUUUCCCUGGAGAGGUGACCCCAUCUCCAUCCUUUCCCUUUAAUAUCCAUCCAUCUCUGUCCAGCGAUGUGACCAAACAGAUCCUGACUGGUGUUGACUGCAACUCUCUAUUCUACGCAAUGUCGGGAGAGAGAGAGAAAGAGAGAAAGAAAGACAGACCAAGUGAGAGCGAAUGCAAUGAAGACAGUACACACAUGUGCAUGUGCGCACAUACACCAUACACUUGUAUAUAUCAAACCAAAUAAUUCCUGUAGGCAUUCACACUCCCUCAGCGCCAGACAAACCGUCGGCAUGAUGAGCGCGAGUGUCUGCAGACUCUUCAAACAUGUUGUGUGUCUUCACAGGGAAGGGCAUGCACUCCCUGUGUGUAUGCUUUUCUUUGCUGCUUUCUUGUGUGUGUAUGGGUUCAUGCAUACACGAACAUGUUCUUUAUCUUCACUUUCUUGAACGCUGUAAGGUGCUUUAAGCACCCAAAUGCACUCGUUUCUGUCCUUGUCUGCUUCUGUACUGUUAUUUUCCCGUUUGAACAAAAGAUUUUUCCAUGUUUCUUAAUGUACGCAUCCAAAUAGCUGUAAUAAUUUUAAGCGCUGGCACAAAGUUAAGAAACUCCAUGCAACAAUAGGUCCCCUGGAGCCACUGGGUUAGAACAGAAAUGUCUUUAUAUAGCUUGCUGUUCAUUACACCAGGAGGUAGAACACCUUUCUUGGCUUGGAACACUGAAUCUCUCUCUGUUUUUGAAACCUCAUCCUAUUAUUUAUAAGGUUGCAAGCUAUGAUCUCGGAGCGGUGUUCUGGAGAUAACGCUAAUUUCUAUUUAGUGAAGCUUUUGGAUUCUAGCUCUACCAAGCAAUAGAUUUGACUUAAGGGCAGAAUUCUCAAAUGUUAUAUCAUCCACACUAACAUUGAUCUUUUAGCAGCCUUUUGCUUAAUGUAGUGUGACUAUUCACACUAUUACACUCCAUAGCAAAGGUUCAGUCUUUCUCCUGAAAGCCAUAUUUGGCCAGGGUGUUUCUGUUCCAUUGCUCCUGAUGUUGCUUUAAACUGCAAUAUCAUUAACUAACCCAAUGAAAACAUUUUCCAUGUUAAUUUAUCAAUAUAUUUAUUGAAUAAAUUAUUUAAUCUCACCUUGUCAUGUUCAACUAUUCAGCUGUGUUGUAACUGUUA